ACCUGACUCAUCAGGGCAUCAGGGACGUCACUUUAGUAAGCUGCCUUUGGUUACGUCAGACACAAAGCUUUCAAGUUCCCGCUAUGCCAUUCGGUGAAGUGGUGUGUGGAGCACCAGGAAGUGGUAAAUCGACGUACUGCUAUGGCAAGUACCAGCUAUUUACUGCUUUGAAUCGCCCAAUUUCCAUUGUGAACCUCGACCCAGCUAAUGACAACAUUCCUUAUCCAUGUGCGAUUGACAUUACUUCUUUAAUCACCCUCCAGGAUGUCAUGGACGAACACGGCCUUGGCCCAAACGGAGGCAUGCUUUAUUGUAUGGAGUACUUAGAAGCCAACUUCGAUUGGCUUGAGGUGCGGUUGAAAGAGCUAGGAUCCGACGCAUAUGUGUUAUUCGACGUACCUGGUCAGGUCGAGCUUAGCACGAAUCAUGAAUCACUAAAACACAUAGUGCAACGAUUGACAAAGAUCGGAUUCAGGUUAGCUGCCGUUCAUCUCUGUGAUGCGCACUAUGUCACCGAUGCCGCGAAAUAUGUUUCCGUACUUCUCCUGUCCCUCCGGACUAUGCUACAGUUGGAACUGCCACAUGUCAAUGUUUUGUCGAAGGUUGAUUUAAUAGUUCAAUACGGAGACCUAGAUUUCAAUCUCGAUUUCUACACGGAGGUUCAGGAUCUUUCCUAUUUGGAGAACGCACUGAAUACUUCUUCACCCCGGUACACUGCUCUCAACAUUGCUCUCGUCGGAUUCGUUUUCGUACCACCGCACGACGCCCCGGCACCAGAAGGAACACUCGAAGCUUCGUCCGUCCCUGCAUCGACCAGGCCCAACACAUUUUCACUGUUCUCCACUGCUGCAGGCGCGAUGUCAGGUAGCGUAGGGGAUGUGCAAGAACGUUGGAUUGAUGCUCGUGAGCAAUGGGAUGCAUUUGAGCGUAAAGAGUGGAGACAAGAAGGGGAGAUGAUCAGGGAAGCGAAGGAACGGGAGAAGGCAAUGCAAGGUGAACGGAGGGGGAAGAGUGGAAUCAGGGAGCGGAAAUAGUGAACGCAGGUCCCUGAGACUCGAGUAUCCAUCAUGCAUUAUUACAUAACCGAAUAACAAGACGUUGUUUGGCAAGA